AUGGAGAAUUCUUACAAGGCUAAUGGAAAUGGAUCAACUGAAAAUGGAUACUCUACUGCUAGGCGCACACACUCUUAUCAUUCCUCAUUAAAGGGUUCGUUACCGUGGUUGGAUAUACGGGUGUUUUAUGUAAGAGUUUGCAAGUGUGAGUUUGAUAAUACCACUCCUGAGGUACUCACUCUUAACCAUGUUCCUUUAAAUCCUGAUACCCUUCUUGAAAUUAAUGGUGUUCGAAGUAGUAUAUACUCUGAUGGGAUGUCAACCCUUCUCAAGAGGGAUAGAGUAGAUCGAAAAUCAGAAGAAGUUACAUUUGUAAGCACGGAUAGUAUAAGGAUGAGCGGUAGUGUGAAGUUUGAUGUGUUUGAUAAAGAUAAUCUGCUUCUUUUUGGUUCUUUAGAAUUAUGUAACAGCAAUGGUGUUGUUAAAGAAUCAAAUUCUAAUGGACAAGUUUGGAGUAUGAAGUGUGAGUCGAACAUAGUUCCUGGCACGAGGUUCUUUAAGGAGAAACAAUUGUUGUUGCCAGAAACAACCCUUCCAACAAUUGAGGUCUACAUUGCGGGGUCCUUCUCCGGUACUCCAAUCAUCUUAACAAAGACAUUGCAUCUUAGUUCUCAAAAGAGACAUUCAAGGAAAGGGAUGUUGAAUGCAAUUCCAGAGAAUGAUGCAAAUGAAAAUGGAAAGGAUCCUUCUUCUGCACUUGCUUUGCAGGGCCCAGAUUACAUGCAGGAUAAACAAGAGGACGAGGAUUAUCACAGCCUUUACACAAGAACAGCAUACGCUGACGGCGAAGAUGGCGAACUUUCAUGGUUUAACGCUGGUGUUAGGGUUGGCGUUGGUAUUGGACUCAGUGUUUGUCUUGGAAUUGGCAUUGGAGUCGGCAUAAUGGUUAAAACAUAUCAAGGUGCCACUGGCCAAUUCAGAAGACGGCUACUGUAA